AUGGCGCCGUCGUCGCUCCACGCGCAGCACGCCGCGCGGACGCGAUCGUCGCGGCACGCGGGCGCGCGGUACGCCGCGCGGAUACGAGAAGAGCGCGCGCGGAGCGCCGGCGCGGCGGCGUUCAAGACGUCCGGCGCUCGGCCGGCGUCGCACAUCGUCGGCGCGACGACGACGACGACGGAGGGGGGAAACGCAAACGCCGGAACCGCCGUCGACGCCGCGGGCCCGUCGACGCCGCAUCGCGCGCGAACGCGCGACCGCGCGGGCGCGCCGUACACGCCGAGCGUCAUAUCCCCGGCGGCGUCGAGGAAGCGAAGCGAGGCGGGCGGCGCGAGGGCGUCGACCGCGCCGUCGGGGGCGGCGCGCGCGCGCGACGUCUCGUCGUCGAGCGUCGUCGUCGCGAACGCAGCGUCCGUCGUCGGUUUCGGCGCGGUCGGCGCGACCGCGACGUCGCGCGCCGCCGUUUCCGCCGCGAGCGCGUCGGGCGCGGCGAGGAACCACCACCAUCCGCCGCGACGGUCCGCGAGCGCGACGGCGUUCGCGCGCGCGCGGCGGCUGUACGCGACGCAGGCGGCGGACGCUCAUCAUUCCCCCGGACGCGGCGUCCGCGGCGUCGCCGCGCCGCGCGCGUCCUCCUCCGUCGGCGCCCCAGGUCGCGCCGCCGCCGCCGCGGCCGCCGCCGCGCGCGUCGAGUCCGCGAAGCUCGCGGCCGCGGCGAGAGCGGCGGAGCUCGAGUCGCGCGCGGAGAGCUCGCGGCGCGUCCCGGACGCGCCGCCGUCCGCCGCGGCGACGGACGCGGCGCGCGCCGCCGCCGCGCGCGUCGCGGCGUCGAAAGCGGCCGCGGCCGAGCGCGCGCGCGCCGCCGCCGCGUCGGCGUCGUCGUCGACUUCGUCGCCGCACUCGCGUUCGCGUUCGCGUUCGCCCUCGGCCGCCGUCGAGGGCGCGGCCGCGGAGGCGAGACGUCGCGUGGAGCUGCGGAAAAAGUCGCGCGACGCCGCCGUCGCGCGGCGAGACGCGUUAGACGCGCUCGAGCGAUCGACGGCGCGCGACGCGCGCGUCCGCGCGGGCGCGGACAAGGAGCGGAGACGGAUCGAGGUGUACGCGCUGAACGAGCUCAUGUGCGCGUCCGAGCUCGCGGCGCUGCGGACGUGGAUGGACGGCGCGGGAGGGACCACCGCGGAGGGCGGGGGGGACGCGGCGAAAAGCGACGACGGCGACGGCGACGGCGACGGCGACGGCGACGGUGACGGGUCGGGGUCGGAGGACGAGGGCGAGGGCGACGAGGACGCGUCCGCGGUCGGGCCGCUCCCGACGCACCUCCGAGUGUGA